AUGGUUGCCUGUGAAAUCCCAGCAGAGAUUCAGGUCCCUGUCAAAGUCAUGGGGUUCUUUGAUCUGCAGCUCCCAGUUCGCCAAACGGCACCUCCAACAAAGAAUCCGAAACAUCUCGAUUUUCCGCCGAAAGAAGCUUGGGAACCUGUCAGACUUCUAGGUUCCUGCAAUGGUUUGGCGGCUGUAGCCCUUAACGCCACCGAGGAUUUGUUUAUUUGGAACCCAACUACCGGAGACUAUAGGAAGUUGCCAGAUCCUUUUCUUUCAUCUGAAGCCUAUCUUAGUCAGCUUUUUGUUUAUGGUUUUGGGUAUGACUCAUCCACUGACGUUUACAAGUUGUUCCUUGGAAGGACUGAAGGCGUGGUGCAAUCAUCAAUGGAAGCUGAAAUUUUUUCACUGAGAAGAAAUUCCUGGAGAAUGAUUGAAAACCCUCCCUACCUUGAAACUAAUUAUUCCAACAAUGGAACUGAAACGCCUUGCUCUUUUGUCAAUGAAGCUCUCCUUUGGUUAGUAGGGUGGUCUAUGUCAUUCAACAGAGAAUUUCAUGACAUCCUUUAUUUUGAUUCAGCGGGAGAGAAUUUCGAUGAAUCGUCACCACUGCAUUGGCGUGGUAACCCUUUUAACUUGAGGUUUUGCCUAACUUUUUCUAUUGCUAGUUUGUUUCCUUCUCACUCGUGGUGGGUAAUGGAGGACUUUGGCAGUACGGGUUCCUGGACUAGAUUGCUUCGCACUGAAAGUAACUACCUUUGUUCCUUUCAGGCCUUUCGCCUUUCAGAAAGAAGAGCAGUUCUACUUAUAAUCAGGGAUGAGGAUGAUGAUGAUGAUGAUGAAGCGAAGUUCAAAAAAUUUAGUAUUCGGAAAGACCCGGAACAGUGUGAAGCUGUUGCGGACAUGGAGAGUCUAGUUUCACCUCAUUUCUAUUAA